CAAAAACAAAACAUCCCCGUGUCGUGGGAUCAGCGCAAAAGCGUGAGGUCUCCGAAUACCGUGUUGCGCUCUGCGUCCAGAGCUUGCAUCAGCAAACCACCUCCGGUUUGCUCCUAGGCACGCCGCCCAAGCAUCCGUUGCGGCCUGGCCCGCGGCAUCGCUCCCCCGUCCUCGCCCCGGUUCACCCGUCCCCGCGCAGCGCCUGGUGUCAGCCCGUGGCCUCCGCCCCGCCGCUUGCCCGUGCGGCUCCAGAGGAAACCCCUGCCUGCGAGGAUCCGCCGCCGCUCGCGAUAAAAACCCCACGUGCUUUUUAUCCGACGGCAGCAGCUGGAGGGGGACGCGUUCUUGGGGAGGCAGGGAGGAGGCUGCCCGCCAGCCGCCUGUGCGCUGCUUCUGGGGGAGCGGGGAGCUGCGUGCCUGGAGGCCGGGGGUGUCUGAGAGCAUGUGGUAGUGGUUUCCGCCACUGGGAAUGCGGCACGUUUCCCCAGGAAAGGAUGGACCUCCCUGAUCCAGCAGAUCUCGUCACUCUCCCCAAGCACAUCCUGGACAUCUGGGUCAUCGUCUUGAUCAUCCUGGCCACCAUCCUCAUCAUGACGGCCCUGGUGCUCUGCCCGGCCACUGCCGUCAUCAUCUACCGGGUACGGACUCACCCCACGCGCAACGGCAUCGUGUGAGGCGGAGGCGACGAGAGAUGGCCGGCUUGCCGGGCAGGGGGCCACAGCCGUGGGAUCCUGUGCCAGAGACCCCGUAGAGCCCGAUGGGGUACCCCGAGAGCUGGGGAGAGAUGGGCAGGAGCCGGGGUGGGCCAGCACCCAGGCGCCUGCCCCUGUACCUGGCUCUUGCCGGGUGAACCCACUGCCUCCCAUUUACCCACCGAGCUCACGGGGACCCGUCGGGGAGAUGGCGGCCUGGGCACCAGCAGGGAGAUGUGUGACUUUGCGGAUGUGUCCAGCUAGAACCGACUUGCUCCCAUGAGGCAGGCAGGCUGGUCUCGCCUUUGCUGGCGACCCUGUCUCCUCCCAGGCAAGCAGCAAGGAGUGGAAAUGCCCAGCAAAGUUUUUUCUUCUUUGGAGUCCCAGCUGUCAGGAUGUUUGGGAAAGAAGGGUCAAAGCAAGAUGGAUAUGGCUUCUGGUUGUGCAUUCAGAGACUCAGCUAAAAGCAUCGGUGACAGAGCCCAUCCUGGCUGCGCAGCAGACGUGCAGCUGGCAGCGGCUUCUCCUCUAUCAGAUAACUGCUGAAACUGUACGAAAAAUCUAUGGGGCGCUCAGUUCCUCUGGGUCUCGCGGGGCAGAGGGGUGCGGGCAGCUCCUGCCAGCCUGCCUGCCUGCCUGCCUGCACGCUGGCUGUGCUUGGUGCCCCUGCCCGUGGCGAGGGCUCCUGCCAAUGGCGAGGGCUCCUGCCGCUCGCCUGGCACGGCGGCCCUGUUGGGGGGGGGUCUGUGCACCCCUUGCCUGGGCUGGCAAAGCGGGAGGAGUAGAGGGGUUCGUGCUCAGGCAGUGGCAAGGGACCAUGUAAGCUCUUACAUUGCCCCGGCUAUGAAAUAAAUGGACUUUAUACA